AUGGCGUCUCCCAAUGAAGCUGACGACGACAAUUUUGGAUACCAAGGGGGGGAAAAAGAGUACAUGCUGGAGACUAUGCAAUGCUUGCUAUUUGCUAGAGAGAACCUCCCCGCUGACGUGUACCACGAGUUUGUCAAGACCAUGACCGGCAUUUGGAAAAAAGGUGCCGACCCCGAUGGUGAAAUAAGGAAUGUCUGCCCUGAAAACUGCAUAGAGACGGCCUUGAAGCUAUUCCAGGGCUGUCCUACAGUUAAACAGAGCUUCCUGAACUUUACCGAAGGCCGUAGCCCCUUCGAAGGCAAUGGCGAUGUCGAUACCGUUGCUGUCAACACCCUGAUGCAGAAACCAAUGGAUUUUCUUUCCAGAGUGAAGACAUGUCCUUACAUCAGCGACGAUGAUUAUGCUGCUUUUUUGCAAACCAUGCAAGAUUUUUGCAUGGACAGGACCAUGACCCCUCGAGAAGUUUACAGUGAUGUGGAGAGAUGCAUGCGUAACUGUCCCGAGCUGUUGGAAGAGUUUACAGAUAAUUUUCUCCCGGCAGACCUGAAGGCCUUAGUAAAAGAAAAUGAUAAUCGCAGCUUGGAUGGUGUCCAUAUGAAAGAAGGUAAUGGAGUGUCGCCUCACACUGAAGAGGACGAGGAAGACAAGGUUAAACCCUUGCCUGAAUGGACUACCUCAAGAAUUGAUGAAUUGCCCCCAAAAUUGGAACCCAAGGAACUCAAAAGACAUUGCACUCCUAGCUAUUACCUGCUGCCAGAUAAUUGUAUACCUCUAUUGAGUUACCGGACCAAACUGGGAAGGUCUAUUCUCAAUGAUGCUUUGAUUUGUCCGGUAUCCGAGGAGGAAAGCCCUAACCAUAAAGCUGCAAAUGAAUAUGAAGCAAAAAUGUUGCUUUGCGAAGAAGACAUGUUUGAGAGUGACAUGCUCCUGCAGUGGUUUAGUGUGACUGCGGACUUCAUUGCGAAUCUCCAACAUCGUGCUGGCAGCGAUGUGAAGAUUAAGGAACAACUAACUCCUCUACAUAGGAGGUGCAUCAUAAGACUAUAUGGUGAGGAUUUUCUUGAAGCUCUGUUGGAUACCGACAAUGCUAGUGCUGCUCUCCCUGUUAUACUUUCUCGUUUGAAUCACAGCAUAGUAGAACUACGGGAGGCACGAUUGCGUUUGCAAAAGACUUGCUCAGAAGUUAUAGCAAAAAAUUACUACAAAGCACUUGAUCAUCGCGGCCCCUGUUUCAAACAAUUGGAUGCAAAGAGAAUGAGCCGGAAAGCUUUGCUGGCUGAAGCCAAAGAAAUCAAUGCAAUGAAGCCAAAGGCUGAAGAUCAAUAUGCUAAUCCUGACAUACACAAGGACAUAAGCAGCAUAAUCUCCUCUGCAUGCGCUUCUGAAGAGAAGCAGAUGGUGACUUGGACACAAGUAGUACAUCCAUUUCUUUCUGCUCACUGUGCACGGCCUUCAUCAGAGGAAACUGUAGCUCCUGAAAAAGCUUGUGAACAUUGCGGCACCAGAAAAGAUAUUCUCAACAACAAUCCUGAUGCUUUCACUGACAAUAAUCUUCCUCUGUCCUCCAAGAGAGGUGAACUCGUAAGCAAAAAUUCCAAAGACUUUAGCUCUUCACACGAUGGUUCUGGUGCAGAUAUUGAGGAAGGCGAGUUCAUACCCGAUCGAGAAACCAUUGUGUCGGAUGUCAUCCGUGGUGCCGGAAAAGAACCAGUAAGUUGUGAUGUUGCUGGUUCUGUUAGAGAUGGUUUGAGCUCUCGUUACCGCAUAAUCGAUACUUCCGAACCUAGUACUCGUGACCAUGGGGACAAAAAUGAAAAGCAGCAAGAAUCAAGGCAAACAUCUGCUAAACCGCGUGGUGUGAAAGGAGGUACUUGUUGUUUCCUCGUUCUGCUUCGCAGGCUUUACCAGAUUUUAUAUAACAGACUACAGAAUGCGAGAAAUUUGUGCACCAGUGACAACCUAUAUGCAGAAUUUAAGGAGAAACUCACCAGGCUACAUUAUCGCGCUAUUGAUAAUUCCAAUUUUGAGGAUUUCUGCCUGAAAUAUCUUGGGCCAAUGUCUUUUGAACUUUUUACUCUGGAUACAGUGAUAAACCAAGUUAUCAAGCAGCUGUGCAUAAUUUCUUCCAAGGAUCCAGACAACUCAAUCGUUCAAUUCCUUGAGAACUUACAAAGGCCAAUUCUACCCAAUGAAUUGCCAAAGCAUGAUCGAGAGGAGCAGGGGAAAGCUCUUGAUGAUACCGUAAAAGUCCCACGCCAUUUUGAGAGACGGAAAAAACGCAAGUUGGAGAACAGUGCAACAGGUUCCUGUCAGCUUGGAGCAGUGGCUGAAAUUAACUCAUAA